CUGGCCGCGCUGCGCCCGCCGCCGCCGCCGCCGCCGCCCCCUCCCCUCCCUCGGCCCUCCCUCCUCCCUCCCCCGCCGCCCCGGCCCCGGCCCCCUCCCCGGCCGCCGCCGCCGCCGCCGCCGGAGCCGCCGCACCGGAGAGCCGCCGCCGCCGGAGGAUGCGCUGCACAACAGCGCUGCAGUGUGCUGAGAAGGGAGGCAUCUAGGCUGAAUGGAAUUCAGCAUCAAAAAAAGUCCUCUUUCUGUUCCGAAGGCUGUAAAGUGUGUGAAGAUGAAGCAGGCACCGGAAAUCCUUGGCAACACGAAUGGGAAAACUCCGAACUGUGAAGUCAGUCGUGAGUGCUCCGUGUUCCUGAGCAAAGCCCAGCUCUCUGCUGGUCUGCAGGAGGGGGUCGUGCAGAAGUUCAACGGCCACGACGCGCUUCCUUUUAUCCCGGCCGAGCGGCUGAAAGACCUCACCUCCCGCGUCUUUAAUGGAGAGCCUGGUGCUCAUGAUGCCAAACUGCGUUUUGAGUCCCAGGAAAUGAAGGGACUUGGGACACCACCUAACACUACCCCUGUCAAAAAUGGCUCUCCAGAAAUUAAGCUGAAAAUCACCAAAACGUACAUGAAUGGGAAACCUCUCUUUGAAUCUUCCAUAUGUGGCGAUGGUGCUGCUGCUGUGUCCCAGGCAGAAGAAAAUGGACAAAAAUCAGAAAACAAGGCGAGGAGGAGCAGGAAGAGAAGCAUAAAGUAUGACUCCUUCCUGGAGCAGGGCCUCGUCGAGGCUGCCCUAGUGUCCAGGGUCUCCAGUCCCUCCGAUAAAAAGAUUCCAGCUAAGAAAGAAUCCUGUACAAACAGCAGCAGAGACAGAGACCAGCUGUUGAAGUACAGUGUCGGGGAUUUGGUGUGGUCUAAGGUGUCCGGUUACCCCUGGUGGCCGUGCAUGGUCUCGGCCGACCCACUCCUGCACAGCUACACCAAACUAAAAGGUCAGAAGAAGAGUGCACGCCAGUAUCAUGUACAGUUCUUUGGUGAUGCCCCAGAAAGAGCUUGGAUAUUUGAGAAGAGCCUUGUAGCUUUUGAAGGAGAAGGACAGUUUGAAAAAUUAUGCCAGGAAAGUGCCAAGCAGGCACCCACGAAAGCUGAGAAAAUUAAGCUGUUGAAACCUAUUUCAGGGAAAUUGAGGGCCCAGUGGGAAAUGGGCAUCGUUCAAGCAGAAGCAGCAGCAGGCAUGUCCGUAGAGGAGCGGAAGGCCAAGUUCACCUUCCUCUACGUGGGGGACCAGCUCCGUCUCAACCCCCACGUAGCCAAGGAGGCAGGCGUCGCUGUGGAGUCUCUGGGAGAAAUGGUGGAGUCCUCGGGAGUCAGGGAAGAAGCUGCCGACGACCCCAUGUCCACGAGGGACGAGGGCGUUCCUGUCAAGAGGAGACGGAGAGCCAAGCUGUCCAGCUUUGCUGAGAACCGAGGCCGUGACCUGGGGAUGGGGAAGAGCACUCCUCAGAAGACGGCAGAGGCCGAGCCCAGGCGCGGAGUGGGCUCUCCUCCUGGGAGGAAGAAGGCCGUGGCCGCCACUCCAAGGAGCAGGAAGGGCGACGCGGCGUCCCAGUUUUUGGUCUUCUGUCAAAAGCACAGGGAUGAGGUCGUUGCCGAGCACCCGGAGGCCUCUGCCGAGGAGAUCGAAGAGCUGCUUGGGUCCCAGUGGAACCUGCUCAACGAGAAGCAGAGAGCACGCUAUCACACCAAGUUUGCCCUGGUGGCCCCGGCCCCGCCUGAAGAAGACCCUGGUAACUUAAAUGGGAAAAAAAGAAACCACACGAAGAGGACGCAGGACCCUAUAGAAGAUGCUGAGGUUGAGGACGCACCCAGGAAGAGGCUCAGGACUGACAGGCACAGUCUUCGGAAGAGAGAGACGGUCACCGGCAGAACAGUCCGCGCAGGCUCUUGCAAGGCCAUUGAGGCAGCCUCAUCGCUCAAGAGCCAGGCAGCCACAAAACAUCUGUCUGACGCCUGCAAACCCCUGAAGAAGCGGCACCGGGCCCCGACAGCGGCGUCUGCCUCACUCGCCUUUAGCAAAAGCUCCUCUCCGUCUGCAUCCUUAACUGAGAAUGAGCUUUUAUGGGAGCCCACCUCAGCCAAGUUGGAUUUGAACUCAGCUGCUCUGUGCUGCACUUAAAAUGGUGUAAUUUUCCAAGAUGUCUGCUGCAGGCGGCGUUUCGUCGUGCACACUCGGUGGCGCCCCUUUCACAGGCAGUUGUGGAAGAUGUGUGAUAAUCUGUUUUUACUGGUAUUAAUAACACACACAAUGAAGAAAGCAGAUAACAAAUUUUAAGACCAAGGUAAGACGCCCGGUCCAGGCCAUGUGACCAGUCACGUUCAUCUCAUGACAGAACACGUUUGUGUCCCAGUGCCCAUGUAGAUUUCAGGUGGAAGGUUGCCCUCGGUGAGGGCUGUCCUGGGCCUGUGACAGGGACAGCGCACCGAAGGGGCUCAUCCUUUUAGAGGCUGUUUUUCUCCUCUAGUUCAUAACUUACUGAAUUUUUAUUGAAAAAAACGUCAGCAUCUGUACCUUCAAAAACAAAGAACAAACAGCACACAUCGAAAAGCGUCCUCGUUGACUGUUCUCCCUGCUAAUGGAAUGUAUUCAAUCUUGUAGAUAGUAAACUAAUUUCCAACAUAAAAGGCAAGAAGACUUUUGAUUCUGUCUUUUUUUUACUAAACAGUUUUACUAUGACACUAGCUAUAGGAAGUUUGUAGGGAAAAAAUGUCAUUUACAGUAUCAUUGUGAACCAUUUAAUUCUUUGAUUCAAUAACCGUUAUCUAGGGGUCCUAUAAUCAGGUUAUUUACACCAACCUCUUCAUCGGUUGCUUUUGUAGAACAUGAGUCAUCAUAUUAAAUGUCCCAAUCUUGGGUGACCACCUGGUAUGCCCCCGGGUGUCCGCAUGUUUGCAUGGUGAGGAAAGGCCUCUGUGCCCUUCAGCUCAUGGAGGCGGGAGGGCUCGUCACGUUACCAGGCCAGGAGCGUUGGGUUCACCCUGAGCAGACUCUGCAGACGUGUUUGCUUUUAAUGAGUUUCUCUCACUAAUACUUGUGUUCUAAACCAUUAAGUGAUGUAACGCAUGUAAAGCACUUGGGGUGCCUGGCACCGUGCAAGGACUUAGGGGUUCGCUGUUGUGACAAUACUGGUUAUAACAAUAAAAACAAUAAAAUCACCAUCAUUCCAUCUUUAUCCAAAAGUAUAAAUGUUGCUUUGGCAUGAAGAGCGAUCCUCUUGGCUGCACUUUGCACGCGGGGAUGAAGUAAGCCUAGACGUGACGCAUGCUGGGCUUGACGGGACUGUGGCUGGUGGGCGGUUCUGCUCAAACGCAGUGGGACGCGGGGCCUCCAGGACCGUCUUGGCCAUGCGGCCCCUAAGGAACAAGGACGCGCUCAGGAGUGAUGUAGAUUCUCAACAAACCAGUCACUAAAAGUAAAAAUGUGAAAAAGUGAUGGUGUAAAAAUGACCCCAGUUCUAAAGACUCUAGCCUGAGAGGCCUUUGACGAGAAUGCAGAGCCUUAUGUGGAAUGGUGGCGUGAUGGGUUCUGAGUUGGUAGCCAGCCAGCGACUGACAUGCGGUGGGUGUGUUUGGAGGCAGCCAGAGAAUGGGUUGCCUUCCUCUCCAGUGGAGACGGCUGGACAGCGUGUCCACAGGAGCCCGUGGACUCAGCCUCAGCCUCAGCUGAGGACACAGGGGUGCGUGCCGGGGGAGAUGCCGUGUUUCUCAGCUGGGAGGGGGUCUCAUCCCCCGGGGGGCCGGGACGGCGGCAGCAGGCAGAGGCAGGUGCAGUCAGCACCGUUCUGCUCCGGACGCCAGGGGUGGUCUCGCUGAGAGGGCCCACCCACGGCUUCCUGGAGGAGGGGAGUGGAAGGGGCUCCUGUUUCGAAAGAGCUUGGGGUCAGGCAGUGGUUUGUCUGCAAGAGUACAGAUUCAUUGUGCUGCUGGUCGAUGGGGAACGUCUCCAUGUCCUGAGGUCAGAGGCGCUCGUCCUUCGGAGCUGCCUGUGGUCGAGGUGAAUUUGGCUGCGCUGUGCGCACAGUCCUGCCGCGGCCGCUCCUGCCCCAGGCCGCACGUGGGCCUGGUGGGGAGGUGGCUGCGAGGAGGGCCUCUGCAACAGCGCGGGAGGCCACAGGUGGACCCUGCAUGCGCGAGAGUUGACCUGACGGCUGUUGCAGAAAUGAAAGUGCCCGCUGUGACGGGGUGGCCCCGCUGUCGCCCACAGACGUCUGUCUCCUGGGAGCCUUUCCCAGAGUCUUUAGUCGUAGGGCGUUUAGGUGAGGUUCAUCUCAGUACGCUCCUUAGUAUCUUGAAUAUCUCCCAGCUGAAGGGAACCUCACUAUUUUAAAGAGGAUAUUCCUAAAAACCCACAAGAAACCUGAGUGGCUUUAUGACCAGGAAGCCGAGUUUCAGAAACAUAAGGCAAAGGGUGGCUCUGUGAGGUGACGGAGCAUCCCCCCGCCCCGGGAGGGUUCGACCGCCCCCUCGGGUCUCUGAGGAGGCCCGCUCCCAGCUUCAGUUGUGCCCGAUGCCUUGGUGUUUGUGGGAAGUCCAUGGAGAACCACAGGAAUGUUUUCCGUGGAGCGCUCAGGGCCGGUGCGUGGCCCCGGGGCAGGGGCGGGGCGGUUGGCCACUUCAGGAGGUUCCCGUGGUCGGGGUCGGGAGCAGGUGAACACACCGGAUGAAAGGACGGAGGAAGGGUGAGGUUCGCCGCCUCUCUCGGUCCCCUGGGCCCUGGUCUGCUCGCCCAGGGCUUGGACCGGGGUGUGAGCGCGGCCAGACUGGGGGCGGCUCUCAUGCCUACUGAGUCUGUCUUAGAAACGUUCUAACGAAAAGUCAGACUGUAAAUUCGCAUCUGCUAAUGAAAGCAUAACAGGUGUCCCCGUAUGAGCUUAAAGUUAGGGUUCUCCACCCAAAACCUGGACGCUGGGCCUGCUGUGGCAGACGAAGAGAUGAGGUUUUGUUCAUCGCUCCAGUAACAGUGUGAGCGUUUUAAAUGAAGGCGCCUCCUCCGUUCAUUUCUGCUGGGGAGUCCUGUGGAAAGAGCAGGGCUCGCUUGGCGGGUGGUUCUUGGAUCACUUGGGCGAGACCCCGCGCAGGCCCCAGGUGGGCGAGAAGGCGUCCCUCCUCCCCCAGGAGGGGCUCCUGUCUGAAAGCGGAGCUGGGAAAUACAAUCACUGUAACUUUGGCAGGUUUACUGGAUUUCUUUUCCACUUGAUUUCUAACUUAACACGCUUCUGAGGCAUAUCUGGCUCCUUUAAAUUAUUAACUCAUUUUUAAGGUUGUUCUGGGCAGAUAGUCGUUUGUAUGUGGAACAGGGGAGAGCUGCCUUGACUUAGUGUGAAACUAGCAUUUGUGUUUUUAAAAUCAGUAGUUCUAUCACCUCAGGUUUUAAAAAUCUGUGAACAGAAGAAGUCAUUGCUGAGGACUUGGUUUGUCUUUUAGAUUAUGAAUCUAAAUUAUAGUCUUUUGCCAAAAGACUAUCGUGGCAAAAUAUCACUAUCUUAUUAGAAAAGGUUUCGCAAAAUGCUCUCAAAUCUAUGAUUGGCUUUCUUUUUUUUUUUUUUAAGAAAUGUGCUGACUCCUGUAUAUUUUAGGAUUUUUGGUCAGUGAAAUGGGUUUUGGUCCUUUUAAGGACUGUUUCUGCUGUUUUACCUAGAGUAUUAGAAAUUACUACUGAUGUACGUGUCAGUGAUGGCAAGCUGACUGUCCUUAGCAGGUCACACACACACGCCUAGCAUCCGUGUUGCUUGUACUGCGGGGGUCAGGGCCCACUUGCUUGGGCGUUUCCAACAGCGAGGACGCUCCCAGGGGACCCUCCUGCGUGCUCAGUGUGCACCUAGGAACCAGACAGGCCUCAUCUUGUCAGAUGCCUCUGCAGCUACGUGGUUACGUGUUAGGUCCCCGUGGACAGUUUGUUCUGGCCUGAGCGUGGGCGUUGGGCUUUGCGCACAGCUCUUCGGCCUGUGUUCUGACGCGCGUGCUAACUGUCCAGGGCAUGUUGCACCUUCCAGAGAUGGCUGAGGCUGGGGAGGGCAGCCCAGACCAGCAGCGGGCGCCUCCACAGAUGCCCUCUUCAGCCCGCUCUCUGCGGGGGGACACAGUCGGGACAACGUUGGGUUGAUAGGGCAUUUUAGAGACCCGCUUUAUCUGUGCUGAGGGCUGACCUUGAAUCUGGGACAGCAGCCCCGCGGCCUGACCGGCACCUCCCGGGGCUGUUGGACCUACAGGAGCUGCCCGGUUAGAAGGCGGGUGUGAGGACAGUGCCGGAGCGUGUUGCCACAACUCAGACCUGGGCUUCAGGGGCAGCUAGGAAGGGUCUAGCUGUCUCAUCUAGAGGGGUCUCUUCAAUACAAGUUCAACAACUUUCAUUUGGAUGGUAGUAUUGCAGGUGAUAAAUGACUCAUUUACAAACUACUUUAAGUCCACCCUGGUAUUCACUGUGAUAUUAACUUGAGGUUAGUCCUUUGAUUUUAAGCUCAUUAAGUCUCCUGGGCACAGGACUUGUAUCAUUUGUCAACCCAAAGUCCUAUGUGAACAUUCUUCUAGUUACUUACUUCUUACUUUACAAAAGCAUAACUUAAACAUAAAAGUAAUGUUGGUUUAUAGAAAUAUCUGUUGUUCAAGGUCUGUAAUUGUAUCUUAAAAACGAUGUGGAGGGAUAUGUUUUGUUAAAAGAUUUGAACCUCGCUGUGUGUAACACCGACCGAGGCGUAGGGGACUGCUGUCCGGCCCCAGCGGGGAGGACCUGCUGGGAUUUGCAUACGUCGCUUCCCGACGGCGGGUUUAAAUGUGUUCCCCGGGUUCCAUUAUGUUCGUCAGUGUCACCCUGAAGAAUCCCUGUAAUGACCAUGGAGACCGCCUUCUCUGCCCGUAGCGGAAUGUGUUUCCGAGGCAGACGGGCGGUUUCGUGCUGUCGCAUACUGAGUAGAGUAGCGUAUUUUCAGACUGGAGGAAGCUGGGAGUCAGGAGCUAAGCCGCUGGUCGGGCAGCUGCAGGCGUGGCUCUGGUGGACUCGGGCGCCGUGGGAAGUGCCCGGCAGUCCGCGUCCGUCUGCUCAGUCACUGCGUUUUUCUCUUUCGGAACACAUCCUGUUGGAUAUGGAAUAGACCGUAGAGGUCGUAGCCUGAGAUGUGGGACUGUGUUGGGACCGUACAGGUGGAUGUGUCGCUUUCGCAGAGGCAUCUCCGAGUAAGUACCGGCCCCUGGUGCACGUGGAGGUGGAGCCUGCAGCCGGAGCCAGGCACCGCCCGUGCCGCCCCCAGACCCCGGCUGUGCGCUCGGGCUCCGCGCGGUGGCCGGGAAGGGGUGCUGUGGGAUGAAAGUUGGACCCUCCUGCACCUGUCACGGACUGUACCGUUGUAAGGUCUGAUGCUGUAUGUGUCUUUUAGACCCCAUCAGGAAGUGCGCCUCGUGUGUGUCUUGAACAUUUAUAUUUCCAUUCACAAUAUGUAUUCAGUGUUUAUUUCCUCAAACUAGACUUUGUUAACUUAGGAAAUAUCUCCAAGUGGAAACGUGCUCACUUUUUCUGUAAAUCUUAAAUAAAAGGUGCUGUUCCUUCCUUUGACCCAGGACUGGUCUGUGUUUUCUGUCUUUCUCUCCGUGCAUUUUUUCUUUUUCUUUUUUCUUUUUUCUUUUGUUGUUUUUUUUUUUUUUUUUUUUUCUUUUUUUAGCUUUUACAUUUGCCGCCACGUUGCGGGAGGAGCCUGGGUUGGUGGGUUGGGCACUGGGCUCUUCCCUGGAGCCUACACGGAGGCCCUGUCUUCGGGCUUCGGUUCUCGGGCGGCCGAGGGGGACCGGGGCCGGUGGCGCCGCUGCCCUUCCCGGCGCCUGGCUGCCCCGGCGCCGGCCGCAGACUCACCUCAGGUGCUCGCCCCCGCCUGUGACCCCGCACCUGACGGACACGUUACGUUGGGGUUUGAACUCAGAGCACUUUUCCAGCCGCCUUCUUUCAGGUGUCCGUGCGGACGCGUAGGAGGUGAGCCGUAGGGAGGGCUCCACGCGGCAGCCUCGUGGCCACAGGCGUUCGUGCUCACUCACGCUGUUUCCUUCCUCCCGAAAAGGUGAGGAAGUCGCGCUUAAAAGGCUGCUUUCCGUUGAGACUGAGCCGUGUCGGGCCUCGGGGAGCGUGCGGGCUGGCAUGGUGGCCACACGCCGUCACCCUGCCACAGACGCAGGUUAGCCGGCACCUCUCUCAGAAAGGGCAGCCCACCCGCUGGCAGCAAAACCCCUUUGUUUAUCAGAGGUUUUCCUUCUACUCCUCCCUGUCAUUUCAGUGAGUAAAUCUGGGCAAGUUUCACUGAUGAGGCUACAGAAUUGGGUGAAUUGCCUGCUGGGGUUUUGUUUUUUGUUGUUGUUGUUUUUUUUUUUUUUUUUUUUGUUUUAAAUGUGGCCUGAUUCAAUUUCUCGCUUUGUGUUCAUUGGCAGACAGCAAGCCUAGAUCGUAACUGCUUGCUGCUGUGAUGACGGAGGUGUACGGCAAAUGCAGCCUGUACUUCUGAUCUGUUGAAAAGUUCAGUCUUCAACAUUUAUUUGCCUAAUGUCAGAUAAAUACUAAAUGUGUUUUUAAGCUUUAAAAAAAAUCUGAAUUUGCUAUAUAAGGAAGUUUUC